CCUUGGAGUCGGAGCAUUAUGUAAAGGUUUACAUUUUCAUUUUUAUAAGCUAUGCUUUAUUGUGCAUGCGUCAGUCUUUUUUUUUUUUUUUUUUAGCCUUUAUGUAACAGCUGUGCUUAGAACCAAAAUGAACUAAUAAGGUAAUAACUUUUUACAGAAGGUAUAAAGCCUAAGACCACUUGUGUAAAGGUUACAUAUACUAUUGCUGUCCAUUCACAAUAAAAAUUGUCCUCCUUCCUUUUAUGACCUUUUUACAUAACAUCAUCAGGGAGUGUAAGUUCCCUUGCCAUCUGAGCUGUUUCCCUCUAGUGCAGUGGUUCCCAAACUGUGUGCCGUGGCUCCCUGGGGUGCCUCGGGACACUUGCAGGGGUGCCAUGGGUUGGUGGUCCAGGACCAAUUCUAAUUAUUUAUGGUCAGUAUAAUAGGCAAAACCAGUGCUGGAGGCUGCCAAUGUUAUAUAUGAAACAUAGAAUUUGACGGCAGAUAAGAACCACUUGGCCCAUCUAGUCUGCCCCUUUUUUAUUUUAUCCUAUAUGUGGCCAAAUAGUAGCAAAUCGUGUCCCUCACCACACAACCAAACCUAUGGAUGACAUAUAAGCACAAAGAACUUAAUUUAAUAUUUCUUUCCAAAUCUCUCAAUAGGAAUCUUUUAGCCUAGGGGUGCCGUGGUAAAAAUUCUGAUACUCUAGGGUGCCGUGACUCAGUUUGGUAACUGCUGCUCUAGUGUCUGUUUUGACAACAGUUUGUUCAAGCUCCUGUUGCUGACACUACAUAGUGCAGUCACCUCUGGUCCCUGGGAAAUGGGGCGAGGCCUAGUAAAGAGAAAAGGAAGAAAACUGGCCCCUGAGAAAGCUGAACACUCAGUUUGGAGCCAAUGAGCCAUUAUUUCCCAUUUUCCUAGAUUACAUACAUGGGAAAUAAAGCAGAAACAUAAAGCUGAAUUUCAAUACAGUAAAAGUACCCAUAUGUGUACUUAACAAAACCUAUAUAGAAUAGUCUUCAGAACAGUUCCCUUUGGUAGAAUAAGGUACUGACAAUUAAGAUGCUGAUCUGUAUGUAGCUGGUUGAAGGGUUAUAUAAUAUAUAUUAAAUAUAACUUAAUCCUAAAUUAAUACUCUUCAUGAACUUCUGUCCUAUUUACCAUGACCUUUAUGAACCUUAAUGUUUAUCCUAAAUGUCUUACUACCACAUAUGCAUUAUGGAGCUUUUUGCAGAUGGCUUAAUAAACUUAAAAUGCAAUGUGACAUAUCACACUAAAAUACUGCUUCAAUUCCUUAGUUCAUUUUGGUCCAGCACAUGCCCCAUAAGAUAAGUGAUGCCAGCUAUAAUUGGAAAGCAGGUUUUUUGAAAUGCAAUUUGUAAAAUUUUAUUGAUCCAGAACAUGGAGUCCUGUAUGCCACUAAAGUAUAAAGUAGACAACUUAUUUCCUCUUUUUGUACACAGUUUACUUCUAUCGUUCAACUAUUCGGCCUGUAUACAAUCAUUCUAAAAACCUACGCAAUACUAUAAACAUAUAUUUGACUAAAUUAUUCUUAACUAAUCUAAUUUUUUCUAAUGCAAAGUAUCUAGCAUGGCUACUAAAAUUAUAUUUUAUUUUACGAUGUAAAAAUAGUUCCAUUGCCUGGUGCAUUGUUGUCCUGAAAAGAUGACAUUGCAGGUUAGUCCUGUAAUUUGACCACAUUUACCACAUUUAUACUUCUCUAAAGCAACCAAGUAACAAACGCAUUGCGUUACAUUUUGUAUCAGUUACACAGCCCAACUAUUUCAUUUAAAUCAUUUUUGUUUCAGAUAACUGAUUUCUAUUGUAGCUGGUUUAAUGAAUUUCCUGGGUAUAAGAUUUUUUUCUGCUUGUUUUGCAUUACUCUGUAUCUUCAUGUGUUCCCAUACAGGAAUUUGGGUAAACUUUAGAAUAAGGUAUGUCUUGCCACCUUGAAUAUUGCACUAUAUUAGCUUCUGGAGGUUAAAGAUUAUUGCCAGGUUGUAAGGUGUAAUGAUGAGCUAUAACGCAUCAGCCAAUGAUAGAAAGCUAUCAUCUAACUGUUUGUUAUGGGUUCUAUAUAUAUUUUGUUAGAUGGUCCCUUUGUGUUUCUACCAAGAGAACUGCUAAUGAGUUGGCUGUAGCCAGGGGCGGAUUGGGAUGGAAAAGCAGCCCCGGAAAUUUAUGGAAGCAGCCCUAAUGCCCCCCACAGGAAAAACACACACAUUGGCCCCCACAGAAAACAAUAAAGUAAAUUGGUCCCCACAGGGAAAAUUAAAUGUAUAAUACAGCUUUUGGUAUUACAAUUUGUUUCAAAUUUUCACUGCUGUUUGAAAGGCCUAUUCACCACAAGAGGUUUUAUCAAUAUUGGCUGUAACAUCGAUAUAUUUAUUAACAUUUAGUACUAGCAUAUUCCAUCACAGUUUCUUUCAAAGUUGGGUAGGGGCAGAUUGGGGACUGAAAGUGACCCUGGGAAAAUUUGUAGAAGUGGCCUCACAUGGACAGCACCACCCCUCACAUGUCAACAAACAAAACAGACACGCACGCGUACAUCGGCCCACCGGGAAUCUUCCCUGUGUGUGGCCUGUGCUCUCUCCGCCUCUAGCUGUAGCAGGUACAGAAGUAGACCAAUACAAGCUCUGGUUUCUAUUACAAAAUGAAUAACAACAUUUUUACAGAACUUGUCAGUUAUGUAAGACUAUCAGGUUGCCAAAUGAUAAACAAGUAUACCUGGCUUCUCCUGAAGCUAGUUAACUACUGCUGCGGAGUUAAAGGCCAGUGACACCACGUGUCUUGUAUUAAGGGAAAUCAUUCCUUUAUUUUAUAGUUUCCAUCCAAUCAUUGACUUUUCAGUAAGUGCAACUCAUUUAAGUUCGUAGGAGGUCAGUCAGUAAACGAAUGUAUAUGAAAUAGGGGGAUGCAACCCCAAAAUAGGUGUGACGUAGUAUAGCCAUAUACAGGACUUCUAACCUGUUCACAAGAAAUAGAAGUCUUGAAGUAUGUCUGAUCUUACAUUGAACUUUGCAUACUGCUCAUGUAAAUGUGUGGGGCAUUGUGCAAGUUCAAAGUCAAAUAACUUUUUUGCGAUUGCAGCAGCCCAAGUCUCAUAUUUGACAAAGAUGUACUUGCCGGCUGAUAUGUCAUGCAACAAAGGUGACAACCAAGAGACACAAAGGGAGAAUUUCUUUCGAGGUGCUGCAGCCAUGGUAAUGGAGAGUGUCAUGUUUGCAAUCUUGGCAGAAAGGUCCCUCGGUCCUAAGCUGUAUGGGGUAUUUCCACAAGGACGUCUAGAGCAAUUCAUCCCGAGUCGAAAACUUGAGACUGAAGAGCUGAGCAUGCAAGAUAUAUCUGCUGAAAUAGCAGAGAAGAUGGCACAGUUUCAUGGGAUGAGCAUGCCUUUCAACAAGGAACCCAAGUGGCUCUUUGGGACAAUGGAGAAGUACUUGAAGCAAGUGCUGAAAAUGAAGUUCACAAGAGAGUCACAUACCAGGAAACUGAAUAAGUUGUUAAGCUACAAUCUCCCCAAAGAAAUGACAGGUCUGAAGGCUCUAUUGGAAACAACCCCAUCACCUGUUGUUUUUUGUCACAAUGACUGCCAGGAAGGAAACAUUCUAUUACUGGAUGGAAGAGAGAAUUCUGAAAAGCAGAAGCUUAUGCUGAUAGACUUUGAAUACAGCAGUUACAAUUAUAGGGGAUUUGACAUUGGGAAUCAUUUCUGUGAAUGGACAUACGACUACACCUGUGAGAAAUUUCCAUUCUUCAAAGCCAGUUUUUCAAAUUAUCCCUCAAAGAAACAACAGCUUCAUUUCAUAUCCAACUACAUGGCGGAGUUUCAGCCUGGGUUUCAGAACAUGAGCAAUGAAGAGAGAAGUAAAGUUGAGCAUGAAAUUCUAACUGAAGUAAACAGGUUUGCACUUGCGUCACAUUUCUUGUGGGGUCUUUGGGCUAUUGUACAGGCAAAAAUCUCCUCCAUUGAGUUUGGCUAUAUGGAAUACGCAGUGUCUAGAUUUGAUGCUUAUUUCCAACAGAAGAGGAAGUUAGGAUUGUGAUUCCUCCCUACAUGGACAAUGACAUGAAAAAUAUCCCAGCUUUUAAGCUUUUUGUUUUUCUCUCUACGUAUACAAUACAGUGUUCUUUGGGCCAUUACUGUCAUGUAUGAAUGUAAUAUUGCUGUGAAACGUCGCUCAGUUUACAGAUUCUAAAUGUCCAUAAACCAGUAUAAAUAACUUUGUUUCUCUAACGUCCUAGUGGAUGCUGGGAACUCCGUAAGGACCAUGGGGAAUA